UCAAGAAACGCUUGGGAGGGAAAGGGAAAAAGGGUAGAUCGAGCGAGCGAGCGAGCGAGCGAUCGAUCGCAGCAAUGCCGAUACCGGCUUGUCGCUGGCGCCGAUGAUCCAGCUCCAUCGAGAAAAUUUUACUUCCAGGCAGCUAUGGCGAGCCCGCGUUUGUUCUUCCGAUCGAUCCAGUGAUCAUCAGCGAUGAUUCGUGGAAAUCCAGAGCUUUUCUUCUCGGGGGCCAAAUGGGAGAGCUGAGGCCCGGCUAUGGAAGUGAUUUCUCCGAGUAAGAAGCCCGAGCUGCGAGAAGAAGAAAGCCAGGAGCAUCGCUUGCGCAAGUUCUUGGGGGAAAUCCACUGCCUGGAGAAUGCCAACAAGCUGCUGAAAGAGAUCUCUCCCGUGAUCAACCAGUCCGUGUUUGCACGCAUCCUCAGGAAUUUCAACUCGGCCAUCAUGUGUUCGCCGCAAGGAGAGACGUGCUCGGAGCUCUUGCAAAUCCUGGACAGGCUCGAGGACCAAGUGUUCGUGGAGGCGGAGGAAGCGCUGAGGCAGGAUGAUACCAGGAUGAGCUGCAAUUCCUGCGAGAGUAGUGAUCGGGCCCAAGGUAUGCUGCUGGGUCGUCGUGCUAGGACGAACGCCUUCUCGGUGUUUGAUCACCGGCAUCCGCCAAGUCCCGUCUCGAUGAUCAGCUCGACGCUCCGAUCGCCACUCCCGAGCUCUUCACCGGAUUUUCACUCGGCAGUAGCGAGCAGCGAUGAGAGAAGCUCGCAUCACGACGACCCAAGAGACUUGGAUGCGUUGCGGAGCGUCCGGUUUCGACGAACAGUGCGGAGGCUGGAAAACACUUUCGUGGAAUGCUCGUCGCCGAGCACCGAGUCAGCUGGCAGUGUUUUUGGCAAGUUUGAUUUCUUCAACGCUCACAGGAAAGUCUCGAGACGAAACAGUGGAUCGAAGAAGAAUUCCUCCGGGAAUGGCUCGAGAAGCGCCGAAUCUUUCGACGUCUUCCAAGGAUCAUCGACAUCAUCCACUACUACUGCUGGGAAGGAUACGAAGAAGGAACUGGAAUUCUUCCAAAGGCAGCGUUUCACAGCGAGAGCAGCGAGUUUUAUUCCCGAGGUAGCAUGCCGGUCGCUUGUGCUGGUUUCGUCCAAAGCGAGCCGCCAUCGUUUACUGCCCGAGCAAGCUUUUGCGAUCAAGCAGCAGCGGAGUUCUUCGAUCAUGCCGGCCAAGUUCGUCAAGGGGUCUCUUCAGUGUCUAGCGAAAGAUGGAGACAUCAGCUAUAACCUAUGGCUGGACGAUACAGAGGAGUUGAUCGUCGCGAAGACCGCAAGCCAGGACAUAUCAGAGGACCAGGAACUUUGUGACCAGGUGUUCGUGUUUUCCUCGUACAAGUGCAAGGGAAAAGAGCGAUCGGGGUGGAGGCAGUGGGGAAAGAAAGACAAGCCGGCGGUGGAAGUCCUCGGCAAGAUGAAGAUCUUCAGCACUGUGAUUCCCGAGAUGGAUCGCGGCGGGAGGAACAGACAUUACUUGGACUCGGACUUUGUGCUGUUCGAGGCCCGUGGGAAAGAUCAAGUAGCGAUGAGCAGCCCCCGGCAGCAACUUGCUGUCAGCUCCAGCAGGAGGCUCAGCUUUUCUUCGUGGGACGCAACGCCGAGCGAAUCACCCGGUUGUGUCACGAGCAGCUCGUCCGAGUCUCCUCGAGUAGCGGAGAAGUCUGGCACACCGGGAAAGCACUGGUCCUCGGUUGGAUUUCUCAAGCACAACAGAAAGGAAGGCUCAAAGCUAGGCGACUCUUUCUCGUUCAGAGGGUCGGAGACGGGAGGGAGCUUCUCCAGCCGGACGAGUUUUGUGGAGGUCGCGGCGGUGGUGACGAGAGUUCCGAUCGGAGUGAAGAAGCGAUCGAACAGCACCAACAGCCAACUUAGUAGCUGGGAGAGCAGGCUCAAGAGAAACAAUCCUCUCGGCUUGGUCGAAGAAACUUACGAGAAGAUGAGCCUUACGGUGGUUCUCCCAGCCGGCGAGCAUGGCUGCCCGGCUUACGGACUCCCCGGUCCGCUGCCUUUGCUCGAAAGGUGGAGGGGUGGAGGAAAAUGCGACUGUGGAAGCUGGGACUUGGGCUGUGGAUUGGUUCUACUCCAAAACCAGCAAACUUUGAGGUGCUCGGCAAAGGCUGCUCAAGAGCAAAGUAGUGGGAUCAACGUAGUGCUCCAGGCAAAGAAACACGAGGUAGCUCUCAGAUUGUCGCCACUCUAUGACGACGAUACAUUCUCUGUGAGCUUCCAGCAGCCAUUGUCGACGCUCCAAGCGUUUGGAACCGCCGUGGCUUUGCUCCACAGUCGAAAGAAGCCGCUAAAGCUGGGACGUUCCAAAGACGAGAACGAAAGCAACAAAGGCGCGGUGGAAGUGGCCAAAAACUCGUCAAAGAAGAACUUUGUCCCGAGGCUUCUUCUCCGCGGCUCUUCGUUCCAGGAGGCUAUGACGCUCACUGGCCUCCCAAAGAUUCGCAGGGUUUAUUCCCUGGGCUGUCGUCCAGAGCCCUCGUCUCUCGUCGAGAGAGUGUGAUCGUUCCUCGUUCUAAGUAAUAAGAAGUAACAUUUGUUUAA